CGAGCGCUGCUGAGCGCCUCCACUUGCCCACGCGUAUCCGAGAAUCCGAGUCGUGUUGCCUAAUUAUGUGUUUUGAUACAUUUUGACAUUAUAGAAGCCAAAGAUAUAUCGUGACAAUUCACGCAGAAUGAUGUCCGAAAGAGAUUAUGCGCCCCUGAGCGCGGCAUGUGUGCGAUCCCUCAAUGACAAAUUGUACGAAAAACGAAAGCCAGCCGCCGUGGAGAUAGAAAAGAUGGUAAAGGAAUUCGCUGCUCAUAACAAUACUGUGCAGAUCAAGAGACUGCUGAAAGUUCUUGGGCAGGACUUUGCCACUUCUCAGAAUCCACAUACGCGCAAAGGUGGCUUGAUAGGUCUUGCAGCGAUCGCUGUUGGUCUUGGAAAGGACACUGGUCAAUAUAUAGAGGAUCUUAUCCACCCAAUUCUGGCAUGCUUCUGUGACGCUGAUCUUAGAGUCCGAUACUACGCCUGCGAGAGUUUGUACAAUGUAGUCAAAGUGGCGAGAGGCGCGGUGCUGCCUCAGUUUACAGAUAUCUUUGCUGCUCUCAGUAAGCUGGCCUGUGAUUCUGAGCAGAAUAUAAAAAACGCCACUGAAUUGCUUGAUAGAUUGAUGAAGGACAUUGUGACAGAAAGCGGCCUCUUCGAUUUAGUUGGAUUUAUGCCUUUGUUGCGUGAGCGUAUCUAUACAAAAAACCCAUUUGGCAGACAGUUUGUAAUAUCAUGGGUAUCCGUGCUGGAUGCAGUUCCCAAUAUGGAUUUCAUAAUAUUUCUACCUGAGAUACUCGAUGGAUUGUUCAGGAUAUUGGAGGACCCGACGCCAGAGAUUAAAAAGAUCACGGAUACAGUUCUUGGUGAAUUUUUACGUAGCAUAAAAGCAAAUCCCGCGAGAGUGGAUUUCCCGGGUAUGAUAAAUAUACUGAUUACGCACACCCAGAGUAAUGAUGAGUUGCUCCAGUUGACUGCUAUCACAUGGAUCAAGGAAUUCGUACAUUUGUCUGGGCCUCUCAUGCUUCCAUACAUGUCUGGCAUUCUCGUGGCCGUUUUACCGUGCCUAGCCUACGACGGUGAUACACGGAAGAGCAUUAAAGAAACAGCAACGCAAGUAAAUGCAAAUUUAAUGAAACUGAUAAUUAUGGAAAAUACAGAAGUUACAAAUAAAAAACAAGAAAAUAAGAUACAUUCUUCGAGAGAAAAGAACGAUGUAACACAAAAUCAUUCCCUGGCUGAAAGCUUGGAUCUCACUAGUGUCGUGGAAGUACUUAUAAAACAUUUGCUCUAUCUAUCGGUUCAAACUAAAGUCGCAGUUUUAAAGUGGAUACAUCAUUUGUUCAUAAACAUUCCGCAUAAAAUGUUUAAUCAUAUCGAGGACUUAUUUCCGAUAUUAAUGAAAUCCUUAAGUGACACCUCGGACGAGGUGGUACAGCAGACUUUAGUGGUAAUGGCUGAGAUUAUCAGCUCAAAAUCCCCGGAGGCAGUAACGACCGAUCCCAAUGCAAAGAUGCAGAAUAAAUAUUUUACGAAGUUCAUAGUCAAUUUAUUAAGGCUCUUCUCCACCGACAGACAUUUGCUAGAAGACCGGGGUGCUUUCAUUAUAAGAGAGCUAUGUGUGCUUUUGAGCGCAGAGGAUAUAUACAAAACGCUGGCAAAGAUAUUACAGGAAGAACAAAAUUUAAGCUUUGCGUGUACGAUGAUACAAACUCUGAACGUCAUUCUAUUAACCAGUUCCGAGUUAUUCGAUCUGCGCAAUAAACUUAGACAUUUAGAUUCUCCAGAUAGUUGUGCGCUGUUCGAAUGCCUCUAUGUGUCCUGGUGUCACAAUCCGGUCGCAACGGUGGCCUUGUGUCUUCUGUCUCAACAUUACCGACAUGCGUGCAAUAUCAUUCGAUCUUUUGAAAACAUAGAAGUUACAGUGGAAUUUCUAACGGAGAUAGAUAAACUGGUACAAUUAAUAGAAUCACCGAUAUUCACUUAUUUGAGACUGCAGCUAUUAGAAUGGGAGAAGAAUGACGCUUUGAUAUACGCGUUGUACGGCUUGCUCAUGAUUCUGCCGCAGAGUGAUGCCUACGCUACUUUACAGCGUCGUCUAGCAGCGAUACCUCCAGCUACGAAGCCGAUAUCUAAAAGUGAACAUUCGCAGGAGAAAACGAACGUUCAUUGUCCGUUUGAUUUUAACAAAUUCUUGAAGCAUUUUCACAUAGUGCAAGAACAACAUAGGGAACAGAAGCGUAAACAAAGACUGAAUUCCUUAGUCGAGAGGAAUACUAGUCAUGUAGAUUGAAUCGCGCAAAAAUGUCUGAUUUGCUAAUUUUGUACUGCGUCACUAUGUAAAAAAUUUGUGUUUAGCUUUGUUAUAUAAAGACACAGUUUUUAUUUAUGCAAUCUCGUUGGUCUCGUUGGAAAUAAAUAAUCGUAUCGUUGAUCUUGAAGUAAAACAGUCGUUUACUUAA